GAGGGGAGGCGGAAACCACCGGGAAAGGCGGAACUGGGAGAAGAGCCCGGCCUAAGGUGCCUCCGGGGAGCGUCCUGGAGCCCGUCCUUGGCUGCUGCUGAGCAGGGAUGGAGCAGGGCAGGGGGCCCAUUCCAGCGGGGGGCUGGCACGGCUGCUGGGUGGCGCAGAGACCCCAAAAUCCCUCUGGAUUUCCAGGGCAGUUCCAUCCUGGCUGAGCUCGCAGCUGCCCGUGGUUGGGGCUGCAGCGUGCUGGAUGGAAAAUCCUCCUUGCCCAGGCUGACCCAGCCAGCACAGCCUCUCCCCAGUGCCCCGAGGAGCCAGGGCAGAGGAGAGGCUGACAGAAACAAGGGCUGUGGGAGGAUGAGGGGAGCAAGUCACUGGACUGGGUCGUGUUCAGCAUCUCCCAGCACUGGCUCUCCUAGAGCUGCUGUGAGGGAUCAUCUGGGGGCCCUUCCCUGCUGUAAAACAGCUUUACAAGAUGCCUGUGCUCAUUAAUUUUAUCAGCUCUGUUUUCCUAGGCUGGGCAGUGUGAGGAGAGGGCACAGCAGGAUCAGGCCUUGCCACUGUUGUGCCUGGGGAGGAGUGGGGCAGCCGUAGAGGCUCUGUGGGUGCCCGUUUGUGGCUGUCUCGUGUGGUAUCUGGGUGCUGCAGGCAUCUGGGAGCUCUGAUAGGGCCCUAUCGCUCUCAGGGCAGUGCUCUGGUGGGUUCAGGUCCUCCUGCCCUGGGUACAGGUGGCUCAGGACUUCAUCCCAGGGGGAUCCCUGCCUGGCAUCGGGGAGCAGAGACACAGAGAUGAGAGAUGGGUGGUGCUGCGUGCUGCUGUGGAGCCUGCUGGCUGCUGUCCCCAGUCCUCACCUCUCUCUGCCUUGCAGCGUCUCUGCCCUUCGUCAUCCUGACCCUGGUGAACUCCCCCUACAAGAGAGGCUUCUACUGCAACGAUGACUCCAUCCGCUACCCCUACAAGGCAGACACCAUCACCCACGGCCUCAUGGCUGGGGUCACCAUCAGCUGCACUGUUGUCAUUAUCUCAUCAGGAGAGGCGUACCUGGUCUACACCGAGCGUCUCUACUCCAAGUCAGAAUUCAACAAUUACCUGGCUGCCCUCUACAAGGUGGUUGGGACCUUUCUCUUCGGGGGGGCCAUCAGCCAGUCCCUGACUGACCUGGCCAAAUACAUGAUCGGCCGGCUCCGGCCCAACUUCCUGGCUGUCUGCAACCCUGACUGGUCCAAGGUGAACUGCUCCAUCUAUGUGCAGCUGGAGAAUGUCUGCCAGGGAGAGAGCAGGAGCGUCACCGAGUCCAGGCUGUCCUUCUACUCAGGACACUCUUCCUUUGGGAUGUACUGCAUGAUGUUCCUGGCGCUGUACGUGCAGGCCCGCCUGGUGGGGAAGUGGGCCCGGCUGCUGCGUCCCACCAUCCAGUUCUUCCUCAUCGCCUUCGCCAUCUACGUGGGCUACACCAGGGUGUCCGACUACAAGCACCACUGGAGCGACGUGCUGGUGGGGCUGCUGCAGGGGGCUCUCAUUGCCGUCCUCAUUGUCCGCUACGUCUCUGACUUCUUCAAGGCCCGUCCCCCACGGCAGCGUGAGGAGAAGGACCCGGAGCGCAAGCCCAGCCUGCCCCUCACGCUGAGCGAGCCCGAGCACAACCACUACAGCUACCGGGGCGCCCCGUGAGCCCCGGCCCCGCCGUGCUCCUGCCUCCGGGGACAGCUGCCUCUGGGCUGCCCACGGCCUCCACGCCUCUGGUGCCUCUGGCUGACACGAGUGGGACAGCCCUGCCUGCUCCCCGUGCCCGUGGUGCUGUGGGGCCGGGUGAUGCCAGCGCCCUGCCCGUGGGGAGGGGAUGUCCUCUCCCCCCCAGAGUCACGCCCCAAGGCUGCUGUCCCAGCCCUUCGUGCGGAGGGAGGGGAGGGUGGCACGUGGGGGUGGAUUUAUUGGGCUGGCAAAGCACACAGAGCGAAGAGCAAACUCCUCAGGAAGUCUGAGAUUGCCUGGGCCGAGUGUGUGUUGUCCCUGUUUAAUUAUCCAGCCACACAAGUACGAAUCCUCACAGGCGUAGAGGGAGCAGGACAGCUUCUGGGCUAGCUGGACUUCUUUGGGAAGGAUUAAAGCAAUCCAGAGCUCUUCUCUGCUCCACUGGUUACCUUUAAGAGCAGUCCUGCCCGCCAGCAGCUGCUGUGAGCAGAGGGUGCCUGGGCAGGCUCUCCUCUGCCUGUGCCCAGUUCUGCAGUGCUGGGAGCCAGAGCUGUUUGCCCCCUGCCUGCUUCACGCCUGGCUUGGGCAAGGGGCUGCUGCUCCAGCCUUUGUCCCUCCUGCAGCUUCAGCUGAUGCUUUAGGGUGUGUGGUGGGGCUAGGGAGAUAUUUUCUGUGGUAAAGGAAAACAAAUGGGGAUGUGGAGCUGUCCAAAUGUCCUGGGAAAGGGGGGCAAUGGGUACAGAGCAGUCCCAUCACUGACACGUGGCUGCCUCCAGCACUGCAGUGCUGUGGGUCUCUUUUUAAAAUACAUUCAUUUUCAUUUUCAUGUUGUUUUUAAAUUAGAUCGUUCUUAAGGAA